CAUCUAUUGGGGCUUUUACCUUAACUAGUGAUAGUGAUUGGUGAGUUUCUCCAAUCCAUCUCGUACACAUAUUUACUCCGAGUUGCGUGUAUAUGUACUAUAGAUGUGUGUAAAAAAAAUGAUAAUUUGCCUGUCAUAAGUACGUACAUAGAUAUAUUUAUUUAUACUGGUUUAUGUGAUUGAUAUUAAUCAAAGAUGGCUGCAAGCGCGAAAAACGUGACUCGAUGAAAAUGAAUGGAAAUAAUCGACUCGAUUUGGCAUGUUAAAUAAUGCUUACAAUGCGCCAUUGGAUGUUAGUCUUGCGUGUUCAUUCCAACUCAGUCAAUAAAUAACCUCAUAGUCAACAGAUUACGUUCGGUAGGACCAGAACACACAAGCUAAUUCUCUCAACUAUUGUUAUAGAACCACUAAUUGAAGAACAAAAGAUACAAUUAAAAGUAUAACUGGUUUUCACAAAAAAAUAAAAGACUCGUUUGAAGCAACAAUGUUGGGUGUCAUUGAUGCCUCGAUUCAGCGAGAGGAAGAGGACGAUAUCAUGAUGGAAUCGUCAACAGACAGCUUAAGUUUGCAAUAUCAGUCUGAGUGCAAGUACAAUAAUUUGUUACCCUAUGCUGAUGAAUUGGACGAGGAGGCCAAGAUCCUCUUGGUAGACAUCAAAGGCCAAUUAGGUCGUGCUAUUAUGCUGAGACGUCUUCAACCUGAUUGUUACCUAGCUAUUUUAAAAUUUCGCAUGUACUUGAAGCUCUAUCAUUUUCGAUUUACUAAGGAUGACCAUAUUUUAUUUAUCAAGCUUAUGUAUGAGUUGGUAGUAAUACCCAGUUUAGAACCAGCUUUCGUUAAUUUACUAUGUAGUACACUGGCAAGUUUAAUGAGAAAAAAAGAAUUGAUAGCGCCGAGUGAGCUGGAAUUACCAUGGAGGCCACUUUAUGACCUCAUGUUCCGUACAAUAAAAAGAAAUAAAAGAUCCCAAGUAAUAUUGGGAAUGCAACGUUUACCUAUUUAUAUGGGUAAGACAGUUCGUUCUUUGAUUCAGGAUGUCAAAACUUAUUUCCCUGUAACAGCUACUCAAGAAAUAUUAGAUGAAUUGAGACCUAAACUAUGUCUUGUUGAUUCUUCACAAAUGGAACAAACUAUAAUGCUUCUGGAAUGUUUUCUACCCGUUCAAAUGCCACUUCAAGAUCAUCAUCUGGGUUACAAACUUUGGCUCGAAGAAUUCAUGAAACUCUGGGAGAUUUAUCAUAACGGUAGUCUAUGGGAGCACUCACUUAUGGCGUUAAUAUCAAAACUAGCUUGGAAUAAUAUUGGUUACAUUGACUGGGAGCCUCAUAUACCUCUUAUGUAUACACGUUUCAUGCGUAGUUUAAAUUUACCGGUAACGUAUAAACAAACAAUUGGUGGUAGAACUCACCAGCUCUUAAUAAGCUCAGUUGUCGAGUGGAUAGUCGCUACUUUGGGAAACGGAUCCAGCGGACAAGUUCACUUGGAUAAAUUAUUAAAAGCAAUUGAAACUUAUUUCUAUCAAGCUAACAGCGGACCUUGGGUUGAGAAACUCAAAGAUCUGUUAAGCAAACUCGCUUCACAAUUUGUUCUGCGUCUGCAUAACGAACGUUACGGAAAACGCACAUGGAAGCUCCAAGUUCCGGAUUCACAUAAAUUGACAGACGCUGAUGUCGAUGCUUUUGUCAAGUGCAUGAUGCCCGUAGCGAUGACUGCGAUGUUUGGACACUCUAGUGUCAUAAUGACAUGCAAGGUACUCCGUCUAUUAGCAACUAUAAGGCCCAAUAUGGUAAUACCCUGCGUAAUUGAGCGUAUGUACUCGACAAUAGAGUCUGUAACAGAACCGCAUAAACUAACUGCCACGAUGAUGGCAGUCACUGCCAUUGCACGUCCGAUGGCUCAGGGUAAAAGAAAUGUCAAUCAAGGUUACACAUACAACGAAGGUCCAUCGAGAAUAAUUUCGCUUUUAUUUUCAUCGCUACCUGGCAUUGAUGCCAAUGAUAUAAAAAAGUCAUACGUUACUUUUCGUAUGAUCUUUGUCUACGCAAUGGUAAUGCCAAUAACUGAUUGCUCAAAAGCUGCUGCUUCAGAGUUAUUAGAUGAAGAUGAACGACUUGUUUGUGAAGAAACUUCACAGCUCGAAGAUUUUGUUUUACAGUUUUUUGAUCGUGUUUUUUCACUUAUUGAAUCAAGUACAUUGGAAUACGUCUCACAAGAAAGUCAAGACAACGUUUCAAUGAAAACCAGACUCGAAACAAUGGUUGAAUAUUCACUAACAUCUGUUUGUACUGUCUUACUGCUUCGUACCAGCGAUGACAUAUUUCGAUCAGCUUUGCACAAGCUAAGAGGAUUCGUUACUGAACGUGUGCUUGAGACACGUAUUUCUGGACCAUUGGCUGCAUCUUUAUGCCAAAGUUUUGCCCGCGUAAAUGGUGCUGAGACACUGAAAGCAUUAUUGCCUACUAUUUCGCAAUCUAUACUUGAUAUUCUCGAAGAAAGCGAUGUUGCUAAAGAAGAAACAAUUGAAGAUCGUUUGCUGUAUCCAAUGUUACUUUUGUCCAACAUUACCAAUACCCAAGGAAAUAAUCUAUCACCUUACAUGGAUACCUUGAUUGAUAUUCUCGACAAGACAUUGCACUUUAAGUCUCGAGAAGGCAGCAAAAUGGCUAGUAAAAUUCUGGGAAGUGUGAUGACAUCGUUGUCAAGCAUUGCUCAGACGCGUGAUUUUACGUGCAAUGGAAAAGAUUUCAAUGAUCCUACUUAUCCUUAUAUUCUAGACUGGGGACAGGGUGCUGACACUAGCAAUCUUGAGAUGCAUUGGUACGUACCUGGCGAAGAAGAAAUCAGAAUGAUGCAGUGCAUUUUUAAUAAAUUUAUUCCGCCUGAAAUUGCUAAGAUCCAAGAAUACUGCACCAAUGAAAGCUCAAAUAUCACACGACAAAAUCUCCUGACAAGUUUGAGUAUUAUUUAUGUGACUCUUGAUGGCUGUGGAGAUUAUUUGCCAACCCCGCCUGAAGAAAUAACUGAAGAAAUGUCUAUGAGUAUGUUCAUUCCUACUGUUGGAGUUAAAGAUGAAAUAAAAAUGCCUGAUGGUAGUAAUGUACGUAAAAGUAUAGCGAAAAUAAUGACAGAAUUACAAGUUACUAUGUUGAAAAAUUCUGAAGAUGACACAAAGAGUUUAUUUUAUUUGGUUCAGAUAUGGAGUUUACUGCUACUUGGCAAAUGUCGCUCUGUUGAUAAACACCGGAGACAGUGGGCGAAUUGGAAGCAAAUAAAAUCUGACUUAAAAGACGAAUUGGUAAAACGUAAAAAAGUGUUACCAGAUUUUCUAAUGGAGCGUACAGAGUUACAACAUGAUUUACGAAUUUAUUCUCGUGUUUUUUAUCUUACUGACUAUCAUAAACAUAUUAUGCUACAAUUAUUUGAAAUGGCAACCAAUAGGUACACAAGCUUACGAAUUCAUGCACAGGAACUUAUUUUUCAAGCGCUUCCAUUCUUUCCUUUUACACGUAAAAUUUUUAUGCCGUCUAUCCUUAAUGUUUUAUCCAAGGAUCCAGAAGAAAAUCAUGAAGCUCAAAAGGGACUGCACUAUCUACUUUUAGGACCUCGGCCGAAUUCAAUGCUAAUAACACGCAAUUGGUCAAUCUUAAGAAGUUUAUGGCCAGCACUAGUUACCGCUCAAUUAUCUGAAAAAAUGUCGAUAAUUCGUUUAAAGGGUGCUAUGCAAAAUAUUGUUAGUAGUGGCUUAUCAACUAUUGCCUUAAAACUCGAAUUACCCGAUGGAUGCGUUAAAACGGCUGCUGAAUUGUGGAAUUAUACUCCAAAACCUUCAGUUAUGAGACCAGGUGAAACCGAAAUUAAUGAAGGACUUAUUAAGCUUCGAAAACAAGAAGCUGAAAAUAUUGAUAACUAUGACAAUCUUAUAUGUGAUCUUUUAAAAGCCAUUCAAUCAAAUUGUCAUUGGCGACAACGUACAAUGGGAAUGCGAUUGAUAACAGAUCUUGCUCAUUUAGAUCGUCCAUUUCCUUUAGAAGUUAUUAAUUUUUUUUUGAAUUCUUUAAUUCAUGAUUCUUUAGAAGAAAGAAAAAUUGCAGCGUCUGUGAUUGCAUGUAUUUUACGUCAACAAAAGCGUGAACGUGUUAAGGUUAUUAUUGACAUUCCUGACGAGAAAGAACGACCUGAAGACAUUGAGUGUACUUGGGUUGGAAAAUUCAAACCUGGUAUUCGAACAGACAAUAAAUGGCUUCAGUAUAAUUAUGAAUCACGCCCUAUGACUGAAGAACAAUGGAAUCAAGAUAGAUUUGUUCAUGAGCGCCACGUCGGUUUUUAUACCAAAGCAAAUAAAGUUGAAGUUUACGCUUCACCACCAAAUCAACCAAAUUUUGAUCCGCAAUUUCCAGAGUUCACAGAAUCUGAGAGACUGAUAGAUAAUUUCUUCUCCGAGCCCUCAAACAUCGAAAAAUUAAUAAAAUUCAAUAGUAUAGAAGAAAGAAAAGGCAAAGACAAAUUUAACUUAACUCGUGCUUUAUUGUACAAAGGUUUAUUUAGUAAUUAUGGUAUUCGUCAUAUGAAAUUAUUUAUUCCCCACUUGAAGUCGCUGGUCGAGCAGAAACACGAGAGCAGUCAACGUUGUGCUGCUGAAAUAAUAGCCGGUAUGAUACGUGGCUCUAAACAUUGGUCUUUUAGCAUGAUCGUUGAAUUUUGGAAAGAAUUGACUCCAAUAAUUAGAACAGCAUUGGACAACGUUACCGAUGAGACUAUUCACGACUGGGAAUUUUGUUUUGCCGCGUCGUUGUCGCAGCGUGAUCCAAAUAAACAUCAUUGGAUACUCGAGUGUUUGAUGGAAGAGCCACAAAUUGAAAACUCGUCUUCUUUUAAUGAAUGUCAACGCUUGUACAUAUUAAUGUCAGCUUUGAAGCAACAAUCGUGGCGUGUUACUGAGCUGAUGGAACGACUUUUGGUGCGUGCAGAGAAAAAAUUAUCAGUAAAUCCAUUUCAGAAUAUGAGAAAUUCAUUGGGCUCACUGUUAAUGAUGAUUUUUAUGGCUGAUUACAACGCCGGUACAUUUCAAUCAAACCCUCCAACACCACGUGCUCAAGAAUUAAUGGACCGUAUUUUACCAAAGUUAUUGGAGUUAGCAGAUGUUUUCGAGAGUGCUGGUAGCGAACAAACAACACUUUUGCGUGCUAAUGAUAUUAGUGUUUUAAAAAUAAUAUGCAAAUGGCUUAUGGAUUCUUCAGUCGUUAUGGCCAAUGGUAUAAUUCCAGACAGUGCUAAAUUACUACCAAUUUUAUGUCAACUUGAAAAUUGUGAAACAGAUACUGAAUUGAGGACUAUAUGUACACGUUCAUUAGCAUCAAUUGCUCAAGCUUUGAUACUUCCACGAGAUAUAGAUGCAAUACUAGAAGCCCUACUUAAUAUUUCUAAAGCUCCCUCGUGGUCUUCACGAGCUAGUUGUCUUAGUUUUAUUGAAGUAUUUGUAUUUUACAAUAUGGGAGUUUUAGUCAGUAACAAAAAAUGGGUUGACCAAAUUCAAGAAAUUGUUUUACGGUUACUUGCUGAUGAAAGGCUGGAAGUUAGAGAAAAAGCUGGACAGGUUCUGUGUGGAAUGCUUCAUUGUGCUUUCCUUGAAGAGCAAGAAACUUUACUGAAUGAGUUCAAAGUCAAAUCAAAAAUUAAAAUUAAAGAUCCAAGCGAUUUGCGGGUGCGACAUGCUGGUGUACUUGGUUUGUGUUCAUUUAUCCGCGCUCAUCCAUAUGAUGUACCGAAUUAUGUACCUUCUAUUUUUGAAUACCUCAAUUUGCGCCUAAACGAUCCUCAACCUGUUCCAUCAACAAUAAGAAAAACUCUAGGUGAUUUUAAACGAACUCAUUAUGACGGUUGGGCAUCUCACGCUCAAUGUUUUACUGACCAACAAUUGUGUAUACUUGAAGAUUUAACUGUACCUCCAUCAUAUUAUGCGUAGAAAGGAUAUACUUACAUAUCUCUCGAUUUAUGGUCAGUCUUUUCCAUAAACUAAAAAAGACCAAUAUUCUUAUUAAAUGGCGAUAAUAAAAAUAAAUAUAAAAUUUACAAAUAAAUAUAUAAACUUAUAUUUAAAGAAUAAAAAAUCAUUUGUGAAUGUGUGAUGGGUGUUUCCAUGUGCAUAUAUGAUCUUGUGUAUUAUGUGGGUGUAAUAUAUACAUAUAUAUAAAAAGCGCA